CUUUUUUGGUUCGCGCGCAUUGUGUUGUCGCCGAAAAUUUAUGUUUGAUUAAUGAACUCGUAAAAGUAAUUUUGUAAUUUAAAAAUGGAUUUUUUAGAAUAUCCAGAGAUUAUGAAGGAAGAAAAAGGAGCUUUGAUUCCAGGCCGUUUGAAGCUUACAAACCAAACUGCAAUUUUUAAGAACAACAAAACAGGAAAAUUAGACCAAAUACAAGCAUCAGAAAUUGAAAGUAUCAAAUGGAUGAGGCUGGCAAAUAAUCAUGGUUUACGUAUAAUGCUGAAAAAUGGAACUAUGUACCGUUUUGGAGGUUUUGUUGAGACUGAUCAUGACAAAUUGGGGAAGUUUUUUACUACUAAUUUUGAACAAGAACUUAAGUCGAAAGAAUUGUGUUUAAAAGGAUGGAACUGGGGGACUGCUAAAUUUCAAGGUAGUGUUCUUUCUUUUGAUGUGGAUAAGAAUACUGCCUUUGAAGUACCUCUGGGCAAUGUAUCACAUUGCACAAGUGCUAAAAAUGAAGUAACCUUAGAGUUUCAUCAGAAUGAUGAAGCAGCUGUAUCCCUGAUGGAAUUACGUUUCCAUAUACCAACAGAUCCUAAUUCCAGUGUUGACCCAGUGCAGGCCUUUGUGGAUAAUGUAUUAUCAAAAGCAAGUAUCAUUCAAGCUACUGGUGAUGCAAUUGUUACAUUCAAAGAAUUACAAUGUUUGACUCCAAGAGGAAGGUAUGACAUCAAAAUAUUUCCUUCAUUUAUCCAACUUCAUGGCAAGACGUUUGAUUAUAAAAUUCCCUUAACCACAAUUCUGAGGUUGUUUUUGUUGCCUCACAAAGAUAACCGUCAAAUGUUUUUUGUGUUGAGUUUGGAUCCACCUAUCAAGCAAGGGCAAACUCGUUAUCAGUUUCUUAUUUUGCUAUUUGGUAAAGAAGAAGAAACAACAGUAGAACUUAGUCUCUCAGAAGAAGACAUUAAAGAAAAAUAUGAAGAUAAACUGCAAAAAGAAAUGAGUGGGCCAACAUUUGAAGUGAUCAGUCGAGUAAUGAAAGCAAUUGUGCAGAGGAAAAUCACUGUUCCUGGGUCAUUUAAAGGGCAUAGUGGGAUGCAGGUUAUCACAUGUUCUUAUCGUGCAGGUAAUGGACUGCUGUACCCACUUGAAAGAGGCAUCAUUUAUGUUCAUAAGCCACCGGUGCACAUUAGAUUCGAUGAAAUAGCAUGGGUUAAUUUUGCCAGAAGCGGUGGUAGUACUAGAUCCUUUGAUUUUGAAAUCGAAACCAAAUCUGGCAUUGUGCACACAUUCAGCAGCAUAGAAAAGGAAGAAUAUGGUCGACUUUUCGACUUUGCAAAUUCAAAAAAACUGAGGAUCAAAAACAGAAAUGCUGGACUGACUUCAAAAGAAAAACCUACAUAUAAUGAAGAUGAACUUGUAGACUCUGAUGCAGAAGUAGAUGAGCCUGAUGCUUAUUUGCAGAGAGUCAAAGCAGAAGGCCGUGAAAGAGAGGAGGGUGGUGGAUCCACCGAUGAAGAAUCUUCUGAUGAGUCCUUUGCUCCAGAAGAAAGUGGUAGCGAAGUUGCUGAAGAGUAUGAUAGUAAUCCACCAACUAGUUCAGAUAGUGAUGAAGAUUAUGAAGAUGAUGGGUCUGAUAAGGGCUCUGAUGAUUCACGCCCAGUAGUGAAGAAAGUCAAAGAGAAAAAACCAAAAGAAAAAUCUAAAAGUGCUAAGACAGUGAAAGAGCCAGGCAUGAGGAAGAAAAGACAGAAGAAAGAAAGGGACGAAAAUAAACCAAAACGUCCACCCUCUGCAUACUUCCUCUAUCUAGCUGAUGUAAGGGAAAAAAUUAAAAAGGACAAUCCUGGAAUUAGUAUAACAGAAAUAACUAAAAAAGCAGGUGAAAUGUGGAAGGAAGUUUCUGACAAAAGUAAAUGGGAGGAAGCUGCCGCAGUUGCUAAAAAAGAAUAUGAGAAAAAAAUGGCAGAGUAUAAAGCCAGUGGAGGAGGAGCAGCUACCUCAAGUAAAAGCAGCAAAGGCGAAAAAACUCCGAAAAAAGAUGACAAGAAAGUUUCUCCCACAAAGUCUCCUGCAAAAUCACCAGGUUCAUUCAAAAGCAAAGAAUAUAUCAGCAGUAGUUCCGAGAGUAGUGAUAGUGAAGACAAACCUCUUAAACCUAAGAAGAAGGAUUCAGACUCUGAUGAGGAUAAAAUGGAAAUUGAUGAUCAUUCACCGUCAGAAAAUGAGGAUGCAUCUGAUUGAGCAUAAUAUGAACUUUUUGUACAUAAGUACUUAUGCAUUGUCAACUUUUUUGUUUUAAAUAAAUGUUCAUUUUAUUGUAUAAUGAGGUGCUUCUUAUAUUGUGAUUUUUUGUUAUUUUACAACUGUUUAAGACUUAUAAAUUCAUAUUUGUAUGCUAAUUUUAAUAAAAAGCUUAAACAUGCUUUUAAAACUGAAGAAAUA